UUUUUUUCCCAGCAAGCGUUCAUUUAAUAGGCUCAGACCCUUUUUUCCUCACUACCAUUUUUGAGUUUGUCUACAAAGACACUCUUUAAAACUAUACGGGGUACAUUUUAUUGACGUAGACAUGUUUUUUUUCUCCAGAGCUUGUCUGCGUGCUUUUACAUAACACACUUUCAGCGGGAACUUUGAAGCCGGUUAGCGGGGAAUGAGCUAACACGUUAGCCUCGUCGUCUCCAGGGCGAAUUUAAAGUUAAUUAAAAACAUUAUUUUUUUUCAUAUGUUUAAUAUUGAGUUUUGUCUGGGGAAAAUAAACAUGUUGUCUCAGGCGGUCCGCGGGGACGUGGGUCAGAACCAGUCCUCUUUCAAUUCUGACACCGGGGGACUUCUCAAGCGCUCCACUCGGGCUCUUCUCGUCGCUAAUAGCCUUGCCACUGGGUCGGCGACCGGUCCCGUGCGCUUAACUAUCCGAAAAGUGUCCGACGACUACCGGUGGAUCUCCAAACAAGGGAAGCCGCGGUUGAGGCUUCUACACGAGCCAGACAACGGAGCCCCUCUUCGGACACCAACCGACUUUCAGCCCGGUCACAAGCUGCUGACGUCACACUUUGAGGCAGGGACUCGUGGCCUGGUGCUGGCGGCCCUCAAGCAACGCGCUUGCGCCCCCCAGAGGCGCAACGUCAAAGUUCAGCUUCUAGACCCUCCCGGCAGCCGCCAUGACGCUCAGAAGAGGGCAGACAUCUUGGCUGGUAACCACGGAGACCGCAGCCACGCCCCCAUCACUGCUGCAGCGCAAAUGGCUCAACCAGACAUGGCGUGUGAAGGGUUUCAGCAAGGUGACAUCACGGACAGGCAGAGUGGGAAAAGUGGGCGGAGCCAGGUGACAGUGCAGUCCCUGGAGGCGCUGCACAGCCGCCGCUUGGAGCUUCAGAACCAACUUCUCGAGUCGGCGCUCAGCAUCGUCACUCGCUACACCCCUGUCACGCCUGAGCAGGAGCACACCUAUCAGCAGGUGCCUCGCAUGAGCUCUGCAGUAAACAUCGACUCAUCAACCAGAACAAGCAUCGAGAGUGACCCAGUUACCCUGGCAACGCACACAGAUCAAAGCAGGGAUGCCCGCCAUCAGAGAGGCACUGUUUCCGUGGCAACCCAAGCCACUGACAGCCAAGCGUUGAUGGAGGCCUUGCCCGUGCAGACCGAGGCGAGGACGCCAUUGAUGCCAAGCCACACCUUUGAUCGCGUUUCAUCCGUCAAACUCCCAGCGGCGCCGCUUCCCAACGGGCCUGAGGUCCCGUCCAUGCUGGAGAAGGCCAGCCGGGUUCUCCGCCAGGUUCAGCGGCGGAAGAAAGUUCUGGAGGACAACCUGAAGGUUGUGGCAAGAGUUCGAAGUGGAGAGAUCCUGCACUCUCAGCUGAAGGCCCUGGUUCCUAACAGAGACCAUGGCGAGCAGGUCCGUAUUAAGAGGACAGUGGACGCCUGGAUCCAUCUGAUCGACAGAGACGUCCAGGCCAAGGUGGAGGCGCAGGCGUCCCGGCGCCAACGCGCAGACGCCACUUUCUUUCCGCAGCAGGCGGCGCCGGGGAAUAGGGGUCCCGCCCACACAGGCAAAGCAUCGGGAGCGCGGCGCAAGGUGGCGGCGGAAAAAGGACACACUACUGGAACGAGAACGGAGGCGGAGCCUGCUUUGGAGCGGCCGGAUGACGAGUCGUACCUUACUCGUGUGUACGGCAAAGCCCCGCGAGACGGCCUUAGGAAGAGCCCCUACCCUCGCUCAGGCUCUCUUCCCUUGCCACCUGACAGGAAGCUCCGCCCACAUCUGGUGCCGCUCUCAAAAGCAAGUACAAAGAAAGACGCCGCGCAGGUGUUUUCUGUUUCAAAGACCAGUCUGGCACCGCCCCUCAACUCAUCACCUGGGCGACACCUGUCCUCCCAGCUGACCUCAAGUGACCCGUCUAAGACCCCUGCAGAGACGGCCAUGGCUGUCCCCCUGGCUCACCCAAGGAUAGGCCCCUCCCCGAGGUGUCAACAGGAGGGGACCUCAGUUCCUGUUACCUGCUCCCCAGUGGACCACGCUCUACCUGAGCCCCCCAGCCAGCAGCUGCAACCAGUGGACGAAGAUGAAGGGGAAGCACCGCCGCCAUCUUUCACUGUCAACGUCACAGAGAAGAAGAACGAGGGAGAGGGUGGAUUUCCUGGAAGUGACUUCUUGUGUGCGGCUGACGUGGGGGAGGAGUCUGUCCCGGAGGAGGUACAAGUACAUUUGGACGGAGAUGUGUCUCCCCCUCCGGUCUUGUAUCAGGUCUUGGCCCCCCAGGACCAGGGCUUGAAUGCCGUCCUCCACCGGGACUCUGCGACAGGCGAUGACGGCGAUCUGGUGAAGCGUCUGGCGCUACGGGUGGAGCAACAGCUCAUGUCAAGGAUGAUCUCGGACUUGUACCCGCUGCAGACCCCUGAACCCCAGCGCAACCAUGCCACGGAGCCAUCAAACGUGGAAGGGCGGAGUCUAACUUCCGCAGUCGUGGAGGCAGCAGGUGACACGGGUCUGCAGCACGUGGGGGACACCAAUCUGCACGUGGACUCUGUUUUCGUCAAGCAAAUGGUCCAUGAGGUUCUGGCCAUGAUAGUCGCUCAGGUUCUUGGACAGAAGGAGGCUCCAGAUCCCCCAUCAGAUCUACGACCAGAUUUAGGACAAGGACCAAAGAUAAGAACAGAUCCACGACUUGAUCCAGUAACAUAUCUAGGACUAGAGCCAGAAAAAAACCCAGGACUUGAAAUAAGAACAGAACCGGGACCCGAGCUAAGAACAGAUCAAGAGCUACGAUCAAAUCCGGUAACAGAACAAGGAUCAGAGCUAGGACUAGAUCCAGCACCAGUGUUAGGAUCAGAUCCAGGAACAGAGCUAGAAUCAGAUCCAGGACCAUAUCCAGCACCAGAGCUAGAAUCAGAUCCAGGAGUAGAGCAAGUACCAGCUCUCGCACCAGAGGAAGCAGCAGAUCCAGGACUAGAGCUAGUAACAGAUACAGCAGAUCCAGGACUAGAGCUAGGAACAGAUCCAGCAGCAGAGGAAGCAGCAGAUCCAGGACUAGAGCUAGUGACAGAUCCAGCACCAGAGGACGCAGCAGAUCCAGGACAAGAGCUAGUGACAGAUCCAACAGCAGAGGAAGCAGCAGAUCCAGGACUAGAGUUAGUGACAGAUCCAGGACUAGAGCUAGUGACAGAUCCAGGACUAGAGCUCGUAACAGAUCCAGCAGCAGAGGAAGCAGCAGAUCAAGGACUAAAGCUAGGAACAGAUCAAGAAACAGAGGAAGCAGCAGAUCCAGGACCAGAGUCAGCCCCAGAGCUAGGAACAGAUCCGAGACCUGAGAAAUCAGCAAGUCCAGGACCUGAGAAAUCAGCAAAUCCAGGACCAGAGCAAGAAGCAGAUCCAGGACCAGAGUCAGCACCAGAGCUAGGAACAAAUCCAGCACCAGAGGGAUCAGCAGAUGAAGUGAAGAUGCUUCCCGUGGCAAUCACAGCUGCAGAUCCGUUAGCCACGCCCACCUCCCCUGACGGACUUCCUCUUGAUGGCCGCAUGUCAUUGGGAGACUCCUUGGACCAGGAGAUGCCGGUGGAGCACACCAUGAUGCAGAGGUCAGAAGAAGUGUUGGCUCCGCCCCCUGUUCGGGUUGACCCAGAGUCCAGCUGCAGUUCUUGUGAUGAAAGCACUUUGAUGACAGGAAGUGACAGUGCACUCCAACAGCUGUCAGAGGGAGAACUGGUCGUCUGCUUCAAGCAGCCCGACUCAUUGACAGAGAGCAGUUUAUCCAGCUCCCUUCACGACAUGGACUUUGACCCCCCCAGCGAAGGGCAGGUCAAAGGUCAUAUGUUCCAUUCACACACACUGCAAGAUGAAAGAUCACAGGGUGAGUGGCGGAGGGGGGAGGAGGAACUAAGUCUGGGGGAGGUGCCUGGUGCUCACAGGAAGCUGAUGUUGCAAUCAAGCGCACCUCGCCGAGCCAUCGCUUCUUGUGCAGGCCAAGAGCAGAAUAUAUCUUCUGAUGAGUCUUCGAGGUCUAACAGGAAGUUGUCGGCAAGAGGAGGAGGACGCAGGUUGGAAUCCCUGGUACCCUGACAGACUGAAGAGGCAAACAGCCGACAGAGGUCUGUGCUUACUCAAAGGCAUCCAUUAGUCACCUGGAAGUGGGUGUGGCCUGUACGUGCUAACAGGGAGUGGCGCACACACACAGACACACUCACACACACACACACUGCAGGUGAGCGCACGGCAGGUAAGACUUGAACACAAAAUGUCCUUAUGUGAAAGGUAAAACUGGAUUGUGUCUACCAGACACUUUAUUAUGUACCCCUGUUCUGGUCACAUGGUGGUGGGCUAAUGGACGAGGAUCACUCAUGGACUAGUCUCACCCAUGGACUAGUAUCUCAUAGACUAGUAUCACUAAUCGACUCAUAUCACUCAUAGACUAGUCUCACUAAUGGACUAGUCUCACAAAUCCUGUAUAUCUUUGGAAACUCAUCCACUAAGUGUGUGUGUGUGUGUGUGUGUGUGUGUGUGUGUGUGUGUGUGUGUGUGUGUGUGUGUGUGUGUGUGUGUGUGUCUGUGUUUUUUUUCAAGUUCCGACUCGUCUUCACCACGGAACAACAUGAAUCUCUCGGACGCUCUUGAUGAGGGGGCCAACAACCAAUCAGCAGGUCUUUGGCCCAAUCCGUCCUCAGGCACCAACCCUGCCUGGCCCGGUGCACCACCUGGAGGUGCGGGUUCAGGGGGGUGGCCUGCACAGGGUGGAAGCUCCGGGG